CAUCAUUUUAAGUGGGGGAACUUGCACAAUCGGUGGCUGACUAAAUACUUUUUUGCCCCACUGUAUAGAUGCAAAUCCCAGGAGAUCAGCAGUUUCUGUAGUACUUACACCAGCCUUUUAAAUUACCCUUCUAUUCAAACUAAAUAUAAGUAGUGAUAUUGAAUUUUAAAUAAUUAAUUUGGAAACAGUCUAGAAUUUCCCCAAAAAUGUAAUUUUAUGACCGCUAACAUAAUUAACACAUGAAAAAAAAUAGCUACAAACUCUUGUGUUUACUCAAUCCACCUCCACCAACAGCACCAUCAAAACCUUCACCGACAACACCAACCAUUGAAGCAACACCAUCAACAGCACCAGCCAUUGAAGCAACACCAUCAACAGCACCAACCAUUGAAGCAACACCAUCAAUAGCACCAGCCAUUGAAGCAACACCAUCAACAGCACCAACCAUUGAAGCAACACCAUCAACACCACUGCCAACAACACCAACCACUAAAGCAACACCACCAACAGGACCAGCCAUCGAAGCAACACCAUCAACACAACAGCCAACAACACCAACCACUAAAGCAACACCACCAACAGGACCAGCCAUCGACGCAACAUCAUCAACAGCACCAGCCAUCGAAUCAACACCAACCAUUGAAGUAACAACAAAAAACCCAAGCACAGCAUCAACAACAAAAACAACAGCACCAUCAACGACAUCGUCAACAACAAGUACAACAGCAGCAUCAUUCCUGGUGAAUUCACAUCGGAAGAGUUGUUCACAGGGAGGAAUAUGUUCAGAAAAAGAAACGGGAAGUGACAUCCAAAAUAUUUUAAUAGGAGUUCUUAUCAUGACGAACAUCAUUGUCCCCAUGGCAAUUUAUCUGUACAUGCGUAACCAGAUUCAGCAGAUUCCAAACUUGAGGGAAGAAGUAAGAAUGACAGAGAUGCAGCAAAACACAUUUCCCAGGGAUGUUGAAGAGGGUUCCAUUUUAUUAACGAUGCCCGAGAGUUCCAUCAUCAUAAAUUCACCUGAAAACACCAUAAUUUAAAGCCCUUGCCCAAAUAGAACACACCAUUAGAAGUUCUGAGCUGCUGAGAAUCUGGAUAAAUCUGAAUACGAGGAUCUGCCUUACACAGAUCUGGAUUUACACAGUCCAGGUGAAGUAAAGGUGGUCUGUGAAGGCCUCUGCGCCCAAAGGUGGAUAAGCUUCCAAUGUGAAGAAGAGUGGGACCAAACAAGCCGCAGCAUGCCUGUAACUGCUCUGCAGUCGCACAUCAAGAUUGUUUUCUGUCCGCCUCAUGCAAAAUGUUUUACUGCUGUGCUGGUUUUAAGUGACCAAAGUCUUACCAGAAGAAGUGCACUGCAGAAAAUCUGUUUUAACACGAACAAUAACGAGUUGGUUUUUUGUCAUAUUUAGAAUAAUUUUAAACACAAAGACACAGAUUAUGCGUGUAGUCAGUAAACAUAUAUAUGUGUCAGUAAACAUAUAUAUAUGUGUGUGUGUCUCUGUGUGUUAAAGUGUUCCACUGUGCAGACUACUAUAUUUAGUGUGACUGCAAAAGAAAAAAGUUACGUUUUUAUGGCUAAUGGACUAAUUGCCUAUGUUCAUGUGUGCAUAUUUGGGAAAAGGUUUGGUGGCUUUUUUUCUAUUCCUUGUAUGUAUUAAGUAUGUUGUGAUAAAGCUUCAGCUGAAAAGCUAAAAGUGCCUAAAAAAAUUUAAAUAUUUCUUUUUAUUGCACAAUGCACAUUAAGCGAAGCCACCAUAAAAAAUUGAACUUUUACAUUUUUCUAAGCCAGCUGUGCUAGCUUUACCCCUAAAAUGUGAUCUUAUCUGUUAACAGUUGUUCUAGAUAAGUUCUCACUGUACAGUCUUCAUACAUCCAUCGAAUGUGUUUGUGUUUCAUGGAAGUAUAAAUAGAAAAUUACCUACCGCAAUGCUUUUAUUAUUUUCAUAAAUCACUGCAAAAACAAAGAGAUGUGAAAAAAGCGGUCUUCUCUGCACGUUUUCAUUUUCAUACUGUCACGUUAUUUCACUCUUAUAUAUGGUAAAUGGUCUGUAUUUGUAUAGCGCUUUACUUGGUCCACUCUUGUGUAUGUUUAAUUAUCCCACAUAUCUGUCCCUCACAUAUGGAAGACUGUAGACAUUGUUCUGUGUUUUCAGUUUUUGGCUUUUGAUGCAUUUGUGGAAUAUAUUUUAGUUUUUGUUUAUGUAAAAAUUUUUAUUUUUAUAUAUUUUUUAAGCCAACCACUUUAUUUAUUGUGUUUGUAAUAGAGACUGAGUAGGAGUUUUUUUGUUUUGUUUUUGAAUGUGUAGAUGUGAGUUUAGACAAGCAUCUAUGAUUCCCAUACAUACUCCUUGGUGUGGAACAAAAAUGUCCAGACUGAAAAGAGAAAAAUGUAAGCAGAUAAUAGAACUGACCCGGUGAACAUAUCUGAGCACAGGAGCCAGACUUGUAAAGUGUAUAAAAAGCUAUAUUUAAAACCAAGUAAUAAAUAAGAAAUGAAUAAAAAAGAAAAAUCAAACAAAAACAUUUCUUUAAUUGAAACAGUCACAUUAAGGAAUCAGCUACACCAGGGGUCCCCAAACCCCGUCCACAAGGGCCGGUGUCCCUGCAGGUUUUAAUAAUAAUAAUAAUAAUAAUGGAUUGGAUUUAUAUAACGCUUUUCAAGGCACCCAAAGCGCUUUACA